AUGGUGUCGAUGGCGUCGUCUGUGGUCGUCAACAACGAUCUUCAUCAGGUGACCUUCACUCCGGAUUCCGCAUUCACCAUGAUGCUGCAGGUUUCCGCAUCCGCGCGCCCCGUGCUGCGCCGCGCCUUCUCCUCUGCUGCUGGCUACGUGCAGGAAACUGUUAUCCCGACGUACCACUUCCAGAAAAGCCUCACGCGCCUACCGAUCCCCAAACUCGAGGACACGUUAACGCGCUAUUUGGCCGCUGUGGAGCCCGUAGUGACGUCCGAACAGCUAACAGAGACCCGACGCGCUGUCUUGGACUUCCAGAAUGGCGUGGGCCCCGAGCUACAUCGUGCACUGGUGGCCCGCGACGCCGCCAACACGCACACGUCGUACAUUAAUCAGUGGUGGGUUGAAAUGUACCUGGACGACCGUCAGCCGCUGCCCAUCAACUAUAACCCGCAGAUUAAGCUCAAGAUGGACCCUGUACCUGCCAAGAACUCGCAGAGUCAACGUGCUGCGUCACUGAUUGCGUCAUCCGUCAGAGUGUUCCGCACGCUACGUGACAAGAAGCUGGAGCCCGACAUUUUCCACACUAAACCAGACACCAGCAAGACCAAAGCUUUCCAGUACUUCUGUAAGCUCCUACCGGAGAGUGUGAGUUUUUAUGGAGCUGCUGCCUUGGGUGCUUAUCCUCUGGAUAUGUCGCAGUACAAGAACCUGUUCUCCAGUACGAGACUGCCGAGGCUUGGACGGGAUGAACUCAAGGUGACUCCUGGCUCCAAGCACGUGGUCGUGCAGAGAGGAACCAAGUUCUACACGUUCGAUGUGCUCACAGCGGAUGGCACAGCUGUGCCAGAUGAGCAGAUUCUGGCCAAUGUGGAGGCUAUAUUGGCGGACCCCUUGACCAAGAGCACGCCAGACGAGCCUGGAAUGGGCCUCAUGACGACUAUGAACCGCGAUGCAUGGACCAAUGCCCGUGGGAAACUAGAAGCCAGUGGUGUUAACAAGGCGAGUCUAGAACAGAUCGAUAGUGCGCUGUUCGUCGUGUGUUUGGAGCACGAGUCCCCUGCAACGCCCGAGGAAGUGAGCAGCACGUUCCUCAUGGGCGACGGCACCAAUCACUGGUUCGACAAGAGCUUCCAGUUGAUUAUUGCUGCCAAUGGCACAGCUUCCGUGAACUUUGAACACGCUUGGGGAGACGGCGUGGCCGUGCUGCGGUACCUCAAUGAGUUGUACGGUGACAGCGUCAAGUACCCGGUGCUGAAGACGAGCAGCCAAGCAAAACCCAAGGAGCUUGCGUGGGAGAUCAAUGGAGAGACGAAGCAAUUGCUGAAUGAGGCCAAGAAGACGUACGACAAGUGGUCGUCCACGUUGCUGGUCGCGUGUGCGGAGACUCCAGUGACUCGUGCGGUUGGCAAACAGUACGACAUCGGCACCGACGGGCUCAUGCAAAUGACCAUCCAGCUGGCGCACUUCAAACUGCACCAGAAGUUUGUGGCCACGUACGAGAGUGCCAGUACCGCGGCAUUUAAGCACGGACGCACCGAAACGGUGCGUAGUUGCACGAACAAAGCUGUGAAUUUCGUGCAAACCAUGACGAACGCUUCAGCUUCUGACGUCGAGAAGGUCGGAGCGCUGCGUGUGGCAGUCAAAAAGCACAGCGAGCUCACCAAGAACGGCGUUAUGGGUCAGGGCUUCGACCGCCACCUUUUCGCACUGCGAGCCAUGGCUGAACUGCAAGGAAUGGACGUGCCAGAGUUCUAUACACUACCAGCUCAUGAGAUUAUGAGUAAGAUCAUCCUGUCCACUAGUACACUGUCCAGUCCGGCGCUUGAAGGUGGCAGCUUCGGUCCUGUUAACGAAGACUGCUACGGUAUCGGCUACGGAAUUGAAAAAGAAGGCUCUGCUUUCCAACUCUCCAGCUACCGCAAGGAUCUGCCUCAACUCAAAGAACUCCUCGUGGACAGCCUCGUCGACCUUGAGCGCUUGCUGGCCGAUACAACCCCCAAAAAGUGACCGGAACAGGAACGAACUGCCAGUAAGUGUUAUUGUAUUGAAUUCAAGACACACUCAUCUG